CGUUAUCGCAACACAUUAUUGGUGGCAUUAUUUAUUUUUGCGAUCUAAGUUAAUUUAGUGAUUUACUAGUUAGUUCGAGGAGCAAGCACAACAGACUUCAGCCAUGGAGCGGCCCCAGAAGAUGCCCAAGGUGGCCAAGGUGAAGAACAAGGCGCCGGCGGAGGUGCAGAUCACGGCGGAGCAGCUGCUCCGGGAGGCCAAGGAGCGCGACCUGGAGAUCCUGCCGCCGCCGCCGAAGCAGAAGAUCUCCGAUCCCGCCGAGCUGGCCGACUACCAGCAGCGCAAGCGCAAGACCUUCGAGGACAAUCUGCGCAAGAACCGCAUGGUGGUCAGCCACUGGAUCAAGUACGCCCAGUGGGAGGAGCAGCAGCAGGAGAUCCAGCGGGCGCGCUCCAUCUGGGAGCGGGCGCUGGACAACGAGCACCGCAACGUCACGCUCUGGCUGAAGUACGCCGAAAUGGAGAUGAAGAACAAGCAGGUCAACCAUGCGCGCAAUCUGUGGGAUCGGGCGGUGACCAUUAUGCCGCGCGUCAACCAGUUCUGGUACAAGUACACCUACAUGGAGGAGAUGCUGGAGAACGUGGCCGGGGCGCGCCAGGUGUUCGAACGCUGGAUGGAGUGGCAGCCGGAAGAGCAGGCGUGGCAAACCUAUGUUAACUUUGAGCUGCGCUACAAGGAGAUCGACCGGGCGCGCGAGGUCUACGAGCGGUUCGUCUACGUGCAUCCGGACGUCAAGAACUGGAUCAAGUUCGCCCGCUUCGAGGAGUCGCAUGGGUUUAUCCAUGGCUCGCGGCGAGUGUUUGAACGGGCGGUGGAGUUCUUCGGCGACGAGUACAUCGAGGAGCGGCUGUUCAUCGCCUUUGCCCGCUUCGAGGAGGGCCAGAAGGAGCACGACCGGGCGCGCAUCAUCUACAAGUACGCGCUGGACCACCUGGCCAAGGAGCGCACCCAGGAGCUGUUCAAGGCCUACACGAUACACGAGAAGAAGUACGGCGACCGGGCGGGCAUCGAGGAUGUGAUCGUGUCCAAGCGCAAGUACCAGUACGAGCAGGAGGUGGCCGCCAAUCCGACGAACUACGACGCCUGGUUCGACUAUCUGCGCCUGAUCGAGGCGGAGGGCGAGCGCGAUCAGAUCCGCGAGACCUACGAACGGGCCAUCUCGAAUGUGCCGCCGGCAAAUGAGAAGAACUUUUGGCGUCGCUACAUCUAUCUGUGGAUCAACUACGCUUUGUAUGAGGAACUGGAGGCCGAGGAUGCCGAGCGCACGCGACAGAUAUACAAGACCUGCCUGGAGCUGAUACCGCACAAGCAGUUCACCUUCAGCAAGCUGUGGCUGCUCUACGCUCAGUUCGAGAUCCGCUGCAAGGAGCUGCAGCGGGCACGCAAGGCCCUCGGUUUGGCCAUCGGCAUGUGUCCGCGGGACAAGCUCUUCCGGGGCUACAUCGAUCUGGAGAUCCAGCUGCGCGAGUUCGAGCGCUGCCGCCUGCUGUACGAGAAGUUCCUGGAGUUUGGGCCCGAGAACUGCGUCACCUGGAUGAAGUUCGCCGAGCUGGAGAACCUCCUCGGCGACACGGAGCGUGCCAGGGCCAUUUUCGAGCUGGCCGUGCAGCAGUCGCGUCUGGAUAUGCCCGAGCUGCUGUGGAAGGCGUACAUUGACUUCGAGGUGGCCCUGGGCGAAACGGAGCUGGCCCGGCAGCUGUACGAGCGCCUGCUGGAGCGCACGCAGCACGUGAAGGUCUGGAUGUCGUUCGCCAAGUUCGAGAUGGGCCUGAGCCACGGCGACAGCGGGCAGGAUGCCGAGCUGAACGUGCGACUGGCGAGGCGGAUUUACGAGCGGGCCAACGAGAUGCUGCGCCAGCUGGGCGACAAGGAGUCGCGGGUGCUGCUGCUCGAGGCUUGGCGCGACUUCGAGCGCGACGCCGCCGAUGCGGUGGCCCUGCAGCGGGUGAUGGACAAGAUGCCGCGGCGCAUCAAGAAACGGCAGAAGAUCGUCUCCGACGAGGGCGUCGAGGAGGGCUGGGAGGAGGUCUUCGACUACAUCUUCCCCGAGGACGAGAUGGCGCGGCCCAAUCUCAAGCUGCUGGCCGCCGCCAAGAUGUGGAAGAAGCAGAAGGACGUCACGGAGGAGGAAGAACCUGUUCCAGUACCUGCCGCUGAUCCUGGCCAGUCCGAGACGACGGCUGGCGGGGAUUGACCCGAAAGUAGCUAUUCCAUUUCGCAUUGAAGUCUUUUCGCGAAGGCCACCCCAAAAUCACAAGGAAUAAACCAAUUAAAUA